ACACUUUUGUCGUGCUCUGGUCACUUGUUGGUGGUUGGAAGACCUCUCGGGUUCGUUGAAAGAUAUAAAAACAUUAAAAGUGCGAUGGCGUCGCCCGUGGAGAUGACAGAGAUGUAUGACAACGCUCUGUUGGGGAUCUUGCAGCACGUUGGGAACAUACAAGACUUCCUGCAGGUCUAUUUUGGCUUUCUGUAUCGUAAGACGGACUUCUAUCGCCUGCUGUCUGGUCCUAACGACAAAAUGGGUUUCCCUCCUGGUGUUGCGGAGAAGAUGGUGCUGAAGACAUUUCAGGUGUUUGAGAAGCUGGCAGAGCAUGACCGGGAGAGAGCGCUGAGCGAGCAACAGAAGAGCCGAGCGAGUAAACAUGUCCCCCCAGCCAUCCAGGAGCUGGAGGUAAACUCUGCAGCCUGCAAGGAGACCGAGGAGCACAGCAACACCGAGCCGUCACAGAUGGACCGCGUCUCCUCAGAUGUAGUGGAGGAGGCCACUCCUGAUGCCUCUGUGGCCCCUCAGGCUGUCGGCAGCAGAAGUGAUGUUCCAGCUGAGCAGGCUGCUGCAGCAGAGCAAAGUCAAGAUGCAUUUCAGUCCGAUUCCGACUGUUACAACGGAGCGGUGAGAGAAAACUACAGCUGGUCUCAGGACUACACUGACGUGGAGGUCCGAGUGUUUGUGCCCAGAACGGUAGUGAAGGGCAGACAGGUCAGUGUCAGUCUGCAGAGCAGCAGUCUGCGUGUGUGUGUGAAGGACGGAGCUGAAGACAAAACACUGAUGGAGGGAGAAUUCACGCACAAAAUCAACACUGAAAACUCUCUGUGGAGUUUAGAACCUGGACAGUGUGUCCUGCUAUCGCUCAGCAAAACCUCUGAGGUUUGGUGGAACGCUGUACUGAAAGGUGAGAAGGAGAUCGAUAUCAACCAAAUUAACCGCGAGCGCUCCAUGGCAACAGUUGAUGAUGAUGAGCACGCUGUUCUGGACCGACUCACAUUCGACUACCAACAGAAACUGCAGGGGAAGCCUCAGAGCCACGAAAUGAAGGUGCAUGAGAUGUUGAAGAAGGGCUGGGAUGCAGAAGGCUCUCCGUUCAAAGGGCAGCAGUUCGACCCGUCCAUGUUUGACAUCCCGCCCGGCGCCGUGCAGUUCUGAGACGCCGCUCUAAUUCAGCCAAAUACGAACGGAUCCGAGUUUAUUGUUGGGAAACUGUUCAGUAAAGUCGGCAUUUACAUGGAAACUACGAGACGAUGCACAUUUAGGGUUGUGGAUUCGAAAGCUUGUGAGGGGCGUGUCGUUAUUUUAAACACUGCUUUGAUGUUUCAGCAGAAUUGUGCUUCUUUGCAGUUUGGACUUUAUUGACUGACUUGCAGUGCCUCUUUAUUCAAAUUUAGUUGUGUGUUUUACAUGUAAGUUUGUUCAGUCUCCAAUUUUUUAAAGGUACAAGAAAAAGCGCAUUUCUACUCUUAAGUAUUUAUUUGAUCAAAUAAAAAUGUACCGCAUAAAACACCUGUGCAUCAGUUGGAGGACAACAUGAAAACCAUUAAGACACAUAUUAGUGGCUUAAAGCGAACUCCGACCACCGUCUGUCAAAGUGUAUAAACCCUGUUUCACUCAGAUUUCAGCUUGUUCACUCAGAUUGUGUACUGUAGGUCAGAUUGACAGUUUGUUACUAGAUUCAGGGACAAAAGACGAGAAUCUCAAACUGUAACGACGUGACUUGAGUAAAGAAAAUAACAGAUGACGAUCUGAUUUUGUUUUACUGUUUUUAAAGUCCAAACAAACUUGACAAUAAUUUGUUGUGUAAAGCCUGUAAAAUAAAGAAUAAUAAAUUUUCACCUU